UUGACUUACUAUACUUUGAACAGGCGGGGUUUGUCUUCUUGAAGGAUUGUUUCUGUUGGAUGGAGAUAAAACUUUUUUCCUUUAUCCUUUCCAAACCCCUGUAAUCUAUAACAAACUUGGAGCUGAAUUGCUGAUACUUAACGUCCUUUUUUUUAAAACUUUCAGUGGAUAUAAAAGGAUGGCGGAGAAUGGCAUCUGCGAGAAUGCUGAUGUGUAUAAAGGGGCAAUCCCAGGAGGCAUGAAGCCAGCAAUGAAGAUCGUUAUUAUUGGACUAGUUCAGUCAAACCCAAAGAGAUUCACAGUGACACUUGGAAACUCAACUGAGCAAGAGGUGGACAUUGGCUUCCAGCUGGAAGUAAACUUUCAGGAAAAGGUAGCUAUACGAAAUGCAAAAAUUUCAGGCAAAUGGGGCUUGCAGGAAAAAAAUAUCCCAUAUUUUCCAUUUUCUCCUGGAGAUACAUUCAAGAUGGAAAUCAUCUGUGAACAUCAAUGCCUCAGAGUCCUUGUUGACAGACAGAAACUUUGUGACUUUGCGCAUAGGGUGGACAUGCAGACAUUGACAGUAUUGAAAAUCAAUGGCGACGUACAACUCACUAAAGUGGCUUGAACACUGAACACUUUCAGUAGGACAAAAGUCCCUCCAGGUUCUGUCUCCUGCCUGAUACAGCAUUCAAAAAUGAAAAUCAUUAUUACACAAGCAAAUAAUGAGCCUGUCUUCUAACCGUAUGUAUAAAGAAAUCAGAGUACACCAUAAAAAGCUGAAAAAAUUUCUACCUCAAAGAAAUGAUACAGUUUUCCUGUUUUGUAAUGGUGUUACUACAUAGGAGAUUGAGACUGAUCAUGAUCUAAUAACAGUAGUACAUAUAUAAUUUGAGGCUAUUUAAUACAGUUAUCCAUAGUUUUGUAUUGGAUCUUUUCAAUCUGAAUUUCUGUUCUUUUCUCAUAAUUUAUUUUGCAAGCACUACGAGUUUGCCCAUGUCACUUGCUUUCCUCUGCACUUAACUCUGCUACUGUUACAUCCUUACUUAUAGCACAAGGGAAUAUUUUGGUAGGAUCCCCUACAAGAUGUCAUGUUGACCAUGGCUGUAGGCAUAACAGUCAGAGUUUGGUGCCCUAUGGAGUAGGACUGAUUAUUCUGGGAGGGGGGUGGUAAGAAACAUUUUUUUUCUUUCUGAAAGCACAGGUAGCCAAUACUGAGAAACACUACUGUAUGUCAACCUAUAAUAUUAUUAUUAUUAUUAUUAUUAUUAUUAUUACUAUUAUUAUUAUUCCUGCCAUUCUGCACACAUCUACAUCCAUAAGUCUGACAUACAAGGAAAUACUUUUCUUUCUCAGUGGAGAAAGUAUCCUUUCCACUCCAGAUUAUCUCCUGAGUGGGACUGAUUCCCAAACACCAGUCACUGCUAGUGGAAGACAUGCAGCUGCUGUGUCAUGAAGCUUUUCCUCACCCACACGUUGCUGUUACAUGGGCAACUUAAAUAUAGAACAGUGAAUUGUUUGAUGUAAUUACAUGGGCUUGCCAUGGUAUUACUGUUUAAUGCAGGUUUAGUAACAAUGCAUUUUACAACCCUGUUAUGUAAAUGCAAGUGCUUCCCAUGUACAUCACAUAUUUGCUUAUUUAUUGAAGUAUUUUUAUUAUAUUAAAAUGAACAGGGAAAAGCAUAUUUAGUAAAUGUCUAUGUCUUGAUGUGACUUGAAGAAGGGAAUACAGAAAUAACAAAACGGCAUUAAGUAACACUAUGCGGUUUUAAGUAAAUUUGUAAAAAAAUAUAUGAAAAACUAUAAAAGAAUACAAAAAACAUGUGGCCAGUAGAUGGACUAUAUGUAAUAAAUUAUUCACUCCACUGUACAUGUAUGGACAUCCUAUG